GCCGGUGUUUCGGGUUGGGGGACGCUGCGAGGACGCCUGGCGCCCUUUUGUGCGCGUUCAGUGCCCAGCAGUAUCUCCCAGACCAGCACCCCCCGACCCUCCAGUCUCCAUGUCUUAGAGAAGCCAAAAUCGAGAGUUAUAUAAUUUCUAGUGCUGCUGUUUCUCCUGCCUGAGGAAACACUUCAUCGCGUGGAGGGUGCAGGACAUUUCUGUGCUCUUCUAUAUAAGAACGGGGUGUGGGCAGGGGUGGCCGGCGGUAGCAGAGAGAUUUGUUUUUUCUGCAAAAGGAAGGUGGGUAGUUUGGAGAGAGACUGAGGGAAAAAGGGUGGAUGUGGAAGCCAAGCGGCCGAACUCUCUCAUUUAGGAAACCGCGAACUGUUUGCACAGCUUAUGCUCACAUGCCUAAUACUACUACAGCGUCUCAGAAAACACCUUUGGGGGAAGGUUUGACUUGUCUCGAACAGUCUCAGUGUUUUUCCUCGCCGGAUAGGGAACUGCUUGGAUGCGAAGAGACGGCAUGAUGUGAAUGACUCCAGUGUGAAGAAAUCUUCGCCAACUCAUCCUGCAUCAAGUGCCCAUUGAGUAGCACUGUCACUUUAAUGUCUCCAUGCCAGGGGAUUGCUUUCCUUCUUUUAAAUCCUCUCGGUUAAUACGUGAGAGGAUCAGAAUCAGAGGGGGCAUUAAGGAUCAAGCUUGAGGGGCUUGGAGAACACAGAAGAAAAAAAAUGAAAGUGACAGCAAGCUGGAUCCUGUCUUACUGAGGGGGUGAGAUCCGGAACUUCUGGUCCAGUGAAUAGAAAGGGGCCUUUCAGUCUGUGUUCUGCCCCAGAAAACUGUCCAAACUCACCCACCUUUUUUAGAGACUAGAGUCAAAGAGGUUUUUAAAAGUAUUUUUUGGGGGUGAGGGUUUUAAAUUUUUCUCUAAAGAAUUGAGGGUUUUUAUCAUCAACCAGUUCAUCUUUGAUCAUGUAUUGAGUAAUGAGACAGCUGUGUAAAUUUGGUUUGUGCCUUAAUUGAGUUAGUCAUCGAACUCCAAAAAUGUUGCUGCCUGAAGAGGAGUUUUAAUAAUGUUUUCUAUGCUUACAAUACUUUUCUUUUUAAACAGAAUAAAUGUUUUAUAAACAUUGAAAAACUUGCAAAACUCAAAAGCUAUUUUUCUUUAAACUCCGUGGGCACUGUCAAAGUUGGUGGAAAAAAUACAUCAUUUUUUCUUUAUUUGAAAGAGAAGACAGCCUGGAUUUCAAACAGUGAAGUGGUUUGCAACAGUUACCUGGCUCUUGGCCUCCAUCCAGGUGGAUCAAGUUGAGACCUGAAAAGAGAUCUUGAAUCCUGUGGCAGUGGAAAGACCCAAGAAUGCCAGUCAAGAAGAAAGAUACUGACCGAGCUUUAUCAUUACUGGAAGAAUACUGCAAAAAAUUAAGGAAACCAGAGGAGCAGCAGUUGAAAAACGCUGUUAAAAAGGUGAUGGGUAUCUUUAAGAGCAACUUAUUCCAAGCUUUGCUAGAUAUUCAAGAAUUUUAUGAGAUGACAUUGCUAAAUUCUCAAAAAAGUUGUGAGCAGAAGAUAGAAGAAGCCAAUCAAGUUGCACAGAAAUGGGAGAAGACAUCCCUUCUUGCUCCAUGCCAUGAAAACCUUCAAAAGUCUGUAGAGCAAAACCAAGGCAAGUGCCCAGCCCAGAAUUGUUCAGUGGAAGCCCCUGCUUGGAUGCCUGUUCACCACUGUACUAGUACCAUUGAAUAUGCGUUUUGA